GAUUUUCUGCUACUAGACGGGGAAGCCCUUUAAGUUAAAGCUUCUUCUAUUCCGUUCACAACCAUUUGAGCUGUAGGAACAUUGUUUCACCUUCACACAGACCUUGUAGAUGCGCGGGAUACUCAAGUUCUUACCGAUUACUAUAUAUUGGUUUGGUGCGUUUGGGAAUUCUGUAGCGAAUUCAGGAAAAAACCCUCCAGAUAAUCAAAAUCAUCAGGAUUUUCAAGUUAUUACAAUUCAUUAUAGCAGGGUCAACUGGCAAAUUAGUUUCCUCCAAUCUGUAUGGUCUACGACGGAACGAUCCCAUAUUAUUCCACAAUGCAAACUCCUGAAAUUUAACUGGAUAAAUGGUAGUUCUAGCAAUGUUAAAUUUCUGCAUAAAGCACAACUAUCAGAUUUAUUCAACUCCCCUUGGCCCAACUCACAAUUCACGUGGGAUCCUGGAAACCAUGCUAAACAUCCUGACCAACUGAGGUUACAUGAAUGCUACAUCUUGUUCAUUUUCUCUACUACUUGUCGAUUUUCUGAAGCUUCAUUGCCUUAUAUAAAUGCCUUAGCUCGAGCAUAUCCCCAACUUCCAGUCUACGGCAUCCAGGUGGAUGAUUAUCUCGUUCACAAAUGGAGUCUGCGUAUGUUGUUUGUCCCAAAACUCAAGAUUAUCGUUAACGGGAAAAUCUUCAAUGAGUAUUCCGGUUCAGAUGUCGAUUUGGAUGGGAUGGCUGACUUCAUUUGGUCAAACAUGCAUCUCUUACCUCGUGUGCCACUACGCGUUCUUCCUUCGGACUAUGAUAAUGUACCUCAAUUUUCAUUUGAGUCAAAUGCUGUUUGCCUACUCGUAUCAUGGCUGGUUACGAUAAUGGGACUCGGAUUUAUGUGUGCGACAGUAGUCGUACGAUUACAAUGGUUUACUUCAUUUCUUAACCACAUAUCUGCUCUGAACUUUUUUUUUGGUUACUUUAAUGGACGGCAACACUACAGUGGUUAAUUUGACGACUUGCACUUAUUUUCACAACUAUCAUUAUAGCUUAAAAAUGUGUAUAAAUAAUUUUUCACUUUUCCGAAAAUGUGUCACAAAAUUUAUUUUAUGAUACUCAUCA